AUGUCCAACACUUUCCACCUCGGCGACUCCAUCAUAGGCGCAUCAAUCUCUCGCAGGGAGGGCUCCAGCAGAUUCUUCUCUGCUAUGUCGCGCACUUGCUCCGCCGCACGGGUCGACUUGUCCUCCUUCGGUACUUUGUCCUCCGAAGAGGAAUACUUCAGCGUUGACUCCGGCGGGGAGGUCGACUCGAAUCUCAGCGACUCCGUUAUGGGAGACGGAGAGAGCAAUGCUGCUCACGCUUGCGAUUCCCUACGGUUGCAGAGGCAAGUCCCGCUCAAUCAGACGUGCCAACCACAAACUGACCCCGUUUCCAGCCAUGAAACCGGCAUGCUCCGCGACCGCGGUUCCGCACACUACAAGCCGUCAUGGGCGUCGAGCACGUCCUCGACAAGUGAGGAGGAGGUCGAGAAAGGCUACGAGGCCGACUCCGACGCGGCUGUGAACUCCAAUCAUGAUCUGGGCCAAACCAACGGCAAACCUCGCCACCUCCGUCGCCGCUCCCGCAUGCACUUCCUCGUCCAGCGCGUGGAACCUGCCGAAGAGCUUGCCCACCGACAGGCUACCACCGACAUCCCCACUGUGCCUUUGGCUCUCUGGGCUUCCAAGUCGCCUAAGGGGACAUCGGCGGGUCCGUCCAACGCCGGCUCCUCGGCCUCAGAGUCCAGCCCAGAGGGCACAGACUGCCUCGUCGAGCACGUCCAAUCCAUCGUCUCUACCGUCGACGUUCCCCCGCCGCUUUCCCCUGCCAGGGCCAGCUCCGGGCUCGCGCCUUCCUCUUCCCCCGACUCGGGCACAUUCGAGGAGAUCGACCUGAACGGCGACGUCUGCCCUCCGUCCGCGGUCCUCAGUCAGCCGAGCCCCGGCCGUGACAUUCUUCCGGGGCAAGCAUCGGUGUCUGCGGAGCCCGCUCCCAUCUCGCCUAUUACCCCAGUCGCGCUGCGUCCGUUGGUUGUGGGUGCACCUAGGCCUCGACUCACGCGCAUGCCCGCGUUCCCUUCUCCCAUCCCUGUCGCGCUGCGGUCGUCGGUUGUGGGUCCGCCUAGGCCUCGCCUCACGCGCAUGCCCGCGUUUCCUCCCAUCCUGCUUGUUACCCCGGUCACGCGGCAGCCGUUGGCUAUCAGUGCGCCCAGGCCCAGGCUCACGCGCAUGCCCAAAUUCCCCGCUACUGUCCAGCUUGUAGCGAUGAAGCCGGGCAUGGUUGUUUGA